AUGUCUGCAGAGCUUGAAGAAGUGCGGUUCGCUCAUGGCGGUGGUGAAACGGUGGUAUCGAAUGGCAUCGUGGAACGCUCAGAAUCUGCGCUCAUAUCAUUUGAAAUGAGUUUAGAUUUUGAAGACCUUCAACUUGAACUACGCGAUUCAGGCUCGAAGCGUGUUGUCACAUUAUCCUCAACCGGGACCAUGAUCAAAUUGAUGAAGAGGCCAGAGCUCGUAGACUUCGAUUUUCGGGUAAGGACGUUUGCAAUCAUUGACGGGAGUCGAGGCGCAACAGCUCCGUUCCGUCGCUUGGCGUAUGCGGGGAUGAACCACUAUGGGUCUGGGCUUCAAGCAUCUGACUCCGCCCCUGAAGACAGUUUCGCCCACGGAGACCAAACCACGUUCAUAGUGCUGUCGUACCGUGGUGACUUAGUAAAUCACGAGCAGUCUUUGGCCGUGAAGAUACUGUCACUGCAUAUGGUGUGCGUUCGAGAGACCUAUUUCGCCCUAGCAGAUUUCUUCUACUUGAACAAGAACAAAAUUCAAACACCGGAAAGUUCUUACCGAGCGUCCCAUGUCAGUCACGCUGGUGAUGCACAGCAGUUUGCGGGUACUGAUAGAGCGGUUCGCGGUGGAGGAGAGGCGAACAGUGACGACGUGGUAUAUUCGGAUCCUUUUAACGCACUUGGUAUGACGACGUCCAGCGCCGCUAAGGCUCUACGGGAACAGGCUGAGCGCAGAAUGGAACAGACAAAACAGGCUAUUGCCAAUAGAGGUCGUCUGCACGUCACUGCAGAUUUAGACGGUCUAAACCUUACCCUCGUCUCCGCUGAUGGUGCGAUUGGAAGCUUUGACGUCACAAAUUGUCGCGUAGGUCUUACGCAAUUCUCCAACGGGGCGAUUGAAGCAUCGGGGAACCUUGGUGGUUUCGGUGUUCAAGACCUCACAUCUGCGCAUGAGGUUUACUCUGAGACUAUCAGGUAUACGCGCAGGGGGAUUAACCCAAAUUAUGGGUCUGAGGAAGGCGAUGGAUGGUCUCUAAGCGUUCCAGAAUCAGAAACCGAAGACGUAUGGUUAGAGGCCCGUUUGACGAAUUUGCGCAUUGUGUACUUACAGCGCUUCAUCAUCAUUCUGAAGAAGUACUUUGAUGCACUGCGAGAUAGCUUGAAACCAGUUCUGGAAAUGAAGGGAGGCAUAGGCGAAGUAUUUCAAGGUGAAGAACAUGAAGAGUUUCCCGCAAUUCCAAGGCUUACUGGUCGAAUGCGUUUGAAACUAGUGACGGAGAAUGUGGAUAUUGUGAUGCCCCGUCAUUCACAGAGCCCCUAUGAGGCAUUGCGGUUCUUUGUACCGCACUCAUCAAUUUCAAAUGAAGAUCGUCCGUCCCCAGGAUAUCGCAUCGGAUUUCAAGUGAAUGCUCGAGACGUAAACGCUCAUGUCCUGUAUCGGCCACCAGCUGAGGGGGAAGGGAGAGCUUUAACUCUCGGUGGAAAAGAGCCGGUCUUGCAACAGAUAUCACCGACAUGCCCAAUAUCGGAUCUGACCCCAUUUGCAGAGGGUAUAUGUAUUGUCGCGAAACUUGAUGCAUGGCGGAGUCGCCGAGUUCCGCAGGUUAUUCUAAAUACAGAUGGUAUCCCAGUGUUGAAAGAUGGGGAAGAAGAAAGAGAGUACGACCCGGCGAAGUGGCUACCAACAAUAAGGGUACGGGUAUGUGCACCCAAUGGCAUUUAUGCUAGGCUAUGUGAAGCAGAGUAUAGCAUUCUUUAUUUCACUUUUACGGAAAACGUGAUCGAGAGACCAGAUAUUGAAUUCACGGACAUUGUGCGUGGUUUGAAGACGCCAGUUCUUCCAAGAAGAAAACCAGUACAACCAAUAAUGUUUUCGUCAAACCGGAUGCCGGCAAACUAUCAAAUUCUAUUUGAAGUGCCAGUAAUUGAGAGCACUAUAAUGUAUGGAGCGGAUCCCCGAGCCGAAGAGGCCAAGCUUAUCAAGUCCGAACUCCGAGACCUCCUUGGGUGCUUUGAAUAUGGGGUUGACUACCGCAUGUCUGUCGAGGUGAGCGCCAACAUGAAUUCCCUUGUGGAUAUUCGCCCGUCAGCUCCAACUUACGGGGAAACACUUGUGAUGCCGACAACUCGGAAGUUCGAGCAAUUCAGCAAUUCAUAUGACGGUGAUAUUAAGCCUCAAGAGGACAGCUCAGGUAAUAUAUCUGAGGACAAUAGAUCCAUCGCUUUGACCUGGGACCGGCCAUUCGGUUUCCGUGCGAAUGUGAUGGUGGUUGCAUCGGACCUGCGUAUUAUUGUUGAACCAGAGCUCUUCAGGGAUCUUGGGAAUUUGACGGCGCCUGGGUUCCCUUUUCUGAAGUCAUCUGCCCCUGCUCCGCUCCUGCGAUUUAAUGGACGACUUUUAAUACUGACGAUUUCUAGACCAGAAGUCUGGUUAAUGGCGAAUCAAUAUCCAGGUGAUGCUCGUUCUCUGGUUAUUCGCGGUGACGUCAUUGCUAAGGUACAAUGGGCGGCUGUCACGGGACGCAAUCGUGUCGAAGUAGCGGCAAACGGUAUUCAUGUGAACCUGUCGAUCUUGGGACCCCACCGUAGUGCAUUUCCGGUUGCACCGAGCAGCCCGUUGUUUAAGCGAUCAUCUUCGUCAUGGAACACCGAUGUAGAAACGCCGAUGUUAUAUCCAUGUGACGUCUCUAUGAAGUUUGACGGUAGUGGAUAUGAUCCCCCGAAAACCCCAGGAGAGGAGCCCAUCAAGGCUCCUGGCUCGACUUUGUCUGUUAAUGCUGAAUCGAUUUUGGUGCGAAUUGACGUGAACGAUGCACCACUGAUACUUGCUGUGGGUUCUCGGUUAGUGAGGUUACAGUCGAGCGUGCUUUCAGUGCGGCCGCCGCAGCCUGGUCGGUUUGACGAAUGGAUUGACAAAGGGGAGGAAGGCGAUGCCCGGCUUGCCAUCCACUUCGCUCUUCCUCACAGUAGACUUAUGUUUACAGAUGAGACUGCGGGAAGGUAUGUGCCCAUUAUGGAAGCACGUCUCAGAAAUGCUGUUCUCCGAUCAAAUUUCCCGUGGCUUCUUAAUGCUGCAUUCGAAUUUGCUCUGGACCUCUUCAACGAGGAGAAAGGAUGGUGGGAACCAGGCAUUGAGACCUUUCCAAUCGAAUUUGCUGCAUCGCAAGGUCGGUCUGGAUCGCGAGCGGUCAAUGUGCGAGCUGAACGAGUCAUUGACAUCAACGUGACCCCGAUUACAGUCUCCGGAGCCGCUCGAGUUUCGAACGCGUUGAAGUCGGCGAUUGAAGAUUUAGCUUCAAGAAUGAGGGCAGAAGUAGAUGACAGAGGGUCUGGUUCGGGGACAGUGCUUUCGAGAAAUCUGAGUUCCAGCUUCCGUGCACCCGAAGCGGGUGCCCGUCGACCAAGUGUUGCUGCUUUCAGUGUGAGAAACGAAACUGGUCGUAGUCUUGUGAUGUGGCUUCUUCAUGAUUCCACAAGGUGGACCCUGCGAGGAAAUGGAGAUGAGAGAGAAGUUGAUACGCCCACUGAUGAGAUGCUGUGGACCGCCAUUGGUGCCAGCGGAGGGUUGUCUUCCGAUCCAAACAAAAAUCGUCAGCUUGCCAUGCGGUGCGUGUUACUUUUCAGCGGAUAUGAAGCUGUUACUUUAUCGACUGCUGAAACUGGUGCGCGACUUGUAACGCUAGUGCCCGAUACACGUGAACUAGGAACAUUACCGUCUGGGAAUCGGGGCGAACUCACCUCGCAAACAUUUGUAUGGGCCGUAUCAAUGAAACACGGGGUUCCGUGUGGAUGUAUUCGAUCUUUAUUGCGUCUUGUGAACAAAACGAGUACUGUGUUGGAAGUCAAUGCCGGUGAUCUCUCGAAAUCUGCAAGCGCUGGUGAGCAGAUGAAAUCGUUGUGCGCAAGAGGUUCGGAAGGAGUCGAUAGAAAGGCAACAGUAUUGCUGAAGGCAGGAGCUUCUUGGUCAGUUCCGGUUCACUCAGUCAACCGAUCUAUUCGUAUCAGACCUGCUAUUUUCCAUGCCCCUGACAAUGAUAUGGGUUUGUAUGAAGAUAACGACCGACGCCCCAAGGCGAGGGGAAGAGUGCGCUAUAGCUACACCUGGAGUGAUCCGUUAAGCAAGAUGUCGGCUCUGCAUACAAUAGCUCAAAGCUUGAGAGCAAAAGCUCGAACAGGAAGUGAUGGCGAACUGAAAACACACGGGCCGAUAGCUCCCAUUCUGACAUGCAGGAAAGCAGAAGCUCGAGGCUUCUUUUGCAUGUCUAUCUUCCCACUAGUAGAUACAAAGGCUGAAAGUCCCAUCGAUGGGGGUAGUGGUGUCGGCUCAUGGGUCGAUGUUCACAUUUGUCCGCCACUUGUUAUUGAGAAUAUCAUGCCCCGGAGGCUGAGUUUUAAGCUUGCCACCUCUGGUGCCAUCAGUGCUUCUGGGAAGGAACAGGUGGUUGGGUAUGGGACGAUCGAGCCCUCGCGUGAAGCUCAUAUUCAUACCGCAGGAUCAGAUUUGAAUGCUCUUUCGAUUUCCAUGGGCUUUGACAACAGUCCCCAAGCAUCAGAGACAAACAUAUUUUCCCAUUCGCCACCACACCGUAGCUUUGGUACUUAUCAUCCGAAUUUGGCAAGUUUGAGGUCCAUAUCGAUGGGUGCAGGCAAAUAUACUCCGUUGAAGCUCAGUCUCAUUCAAGAGCAACGGGUGAAUACAAGGUAUGUACGGGCAUAUUGCGAAUUCUGGAUUAGGAACCGUUCGGAUACGGACUUAUUCUUCCGAAAUCACGGACCAGGGCGUGAUGGAUAUGAAUCGGGAAGUCCAAAGGCAUUCUUGCGUGGUUGCCCUCCUGGAACCGUGGCAGAAAAGUUUAUUUGUUUUUCAGGCUCGUGGAUGUCCUUUCAAAGAGUUGAUGUUACAGAAGACAUUUGGGUUAACAUUGGAACGGAGGUUUCCGAAAUUGACAAGCCUGUACCCAUAAAAUUUGAUGGCUUAUCCCUCUUCCUUGAAGUGCGGCCGGCGAAAGGUCGAUUUCAACGGGCUCUUGUAGUUACAAUAAGGAACGCUGCCUGGCUCGAGAACCGCACAGGUGCUCUUCUCCAAUGGUGUCAACCAGAGGCCCUUAACCCUCAUGGGAUAGCUCUUGCAGCAAAAGUACAUUCAAUUGAACCAGACAAGCAUUGUGCUCUUCAUUGUGACUUUCGAUCCCAUAAGACUGCGCUAUGUUUUCGACGAGCAACUGCGGAUGGCUUGAGCGAUUGGAUAUGGUCGCGUCCCGUUUUCGUUACGGGAGUGGAAGGAGAAUUUGCAGCAAAAAUGUAUCGUCCAAAGCGGCAUGAGCAAUACAUCGCCCGUGUAGUCGUUUCCAAGAUAGGAAAUGGAGUUUCGUCUAUUAUCGUUCACAAAGAGGAUAGAAGCACCCCACCUUACAGGAUUGUCAACCUAUGCAACGCAAGAUCCAUAGCAUUCCGACAGUCGGGAGUUAACGAAACCCACCCAUGGUUGGUCAGGCCCGGCAAGUCUACUCGUUACUCGUGGGAUGACCCUCAAGCUCCAGUCAAGCGCCGCUCUCUAGUGAUUGAAGUGCUGGAAGGGACAAGCGGGAGAGAUGGGGCGGGUAAUGUUACCUUACUUGCGACGAGUGAAGCUGAUUCUGCGCACGCAGAUGAGUCAGACGUUACUCGGCUGCAAGGAGGGCUUGUCAGAAAACCGAAGGGAGCGAAGGCCUCGAAGUUUGACCUCAAUAUUGACAUAAUCAGAAAAGACAUCCCGUUUUCGAAUUCGAAACGAUUUGAUCCACCUCUCUGCAUAUCCGUUCAUGUUGACGGCCCCACGAAAGUAGUAACCUUUCGAGAUGGUGAGGGCAAAGCCAGUAAGAGUACGAAACAAAUUGAAAGAGGAGAAGUCGAGGAUUCUAUUGAAGUUGCAGCCAACAGCAAAAGCUAUGGACCAUCAGAUACCGCGGAUGCUAGUGGAAACGUCGAUGUCGAGCUUUUUGUGAAAGGCCUUGGAAUAUCGUUUGUGGAAUCAACACCAGCUGAACUUGCUUAUCUUUCUGUUUCUGGCAUUCAUUUCCGGUUAGAUAGAUUCGAUGGUCAACAGCUAGUGAUUUGCGAAGUCAUGGAUCUACAGUUGGACAACCAGCUUUCACAUUGCACAUGGCCUGUAGUUUUGUGGUCUCCCCCGCCACCAUCCACAGGUGUGAUCGGACGAAUGACAGAGAGAGCAAAGGAUGGAAUGUCUUCCAGUCAGACUACACGCCGGGAGCCACCCCGUAAGCCAUUUUUUCAAUUCACACUUCAUGGACAGUACCCUGCAAUUGAGCAACGCAUUGGAAGUUUUCGUGGGAUUUUCGUCGCACUCCAAGAGCUGCAACUCGCAGCCGACGAGGAUUUUGUUCUUCGGGUUUGGCUCUUUGUGGUUUCGCUGCUUGAAGCAGCUGGUGGCUCGAAUCGAGAGAGGGAAGAAGCACUUGAUGGGAAGGAUGGUGCGGAAACUGGCCUUGCUCUUCUUGCGAAUGAUAACGCAACUACGGGGACAAAACAACGGGCUGUAGCUACGAAAGGUAGAGCAAGUGGUGCUCUUAACCGUAUCUACGUUGAACACCUGGAGUUGUGCCCACUGAAGUUAUCUGUUUCAUUCACAUCGUCCCGAACAUCAAGUGCUGCAGAACAUAUUGGCGGGUUCAGGUCUCUUAUUCGAACACUGGUGGCUGUUCUUGGGAAUGUUGAGAACGCAGAAUUUCGCUUCAAUGCUCUUGAAUUGCAGCAUGUUUUCGAUACUGCAUCUCAUUUCCGCUCGUUAAUCACAGAGUACUACGUCUCACAAGGUUCAAACCAAAAAAUGGUGCUACUGGCAUCAAACUCAUUGAUCGGGAAUCCAUCAGCGCUCUUUGACUCCAUUGCAAUAGGGACGCGAGAUUUUUUCGUCGAACCAGCAAAUGCGAAAGGAUCUGCUGAUUUUAUCGCAAGCAUUGGCCGUGGAUCUUCGUCAUUACUGACGAAUACCGUAGGAGGGAUCGUUGGAUCUUUGGGUGGCAUCCCCCGAGCUGUUGCGCAGGGACUAGAGACGGCAGUUGGCGACCGUGAGUACCUCGCAGAACGUGACUCUAUUCGCGGAGGUCGUGCUCGAAUUGCAUCCUCUCCGGCGCAGGGUCUUUACACCGGCGCGCUCAGCUUUGGUCAUGGAAUUGCUUCGGGAGCAGCUGGUUUAAUUCGAGACCCGAUUCAAGGAGCCGCUGAAGAGGGACCUUCGGGAUUUAUCAAGGGGCUAGGAAAAGGUUUCAUCGGUGGAAUGCUAAAACCAAUCACUGGAGCUCUCGACCUAAUUGCUGAACCAGCAGCAGGGUUUCGCAGCAUGAUGGUAUCCGAUCGGUCUCAUGGUCUUGCUGAACCAGCUCGUCCUCCGCGCGCAUUCUGGGGUGCAAAUGCUGACCAAAUGAUAUCCUACGACCUGCGCGCGGCUCUCGGACAUGCUAUUCUCAGAGUUGUCAACAGUGGAGAAAAUCAGUCAAAUGAGGAGAGACUACUCUCCUGGACACACCUUGUAGCUGUUCAUUCCGGCGCAACGGAGGACGAUGUCAUUGCGUUUCUGUGGGCGCUGAUGAGACGAAGCACGCGCUCGUCUCAUUUCCAUACAAAAUAUUUGCUCGAUGCCCAAGGCAACCCACAAAGAGCAGAAAAAAUGAGAGCCGGUCUGGUGACGAACAAACGAUUGAUUGUAGCAUCGUUAGACGGCCAUGUAAUAUGGGAGUAUCCGUUAUUGCAUAUCGCCGAUACGCAAGUUUCGGUUGCUGCAAAGGACUAUUUAAUGGUUGGAAUUCGUCCGUUAGGACAAAAGUCAAGGACGACUGCGCCGACCGGAUGGCAAAAGAUCCACUGCGGAUCCAUUUCGUCUAGAAACGACUUCAACACAGCUUUGCGGAAGGCUCUUGACGACCUGCGGAUAACAACCAAAGCGGUUCUUCCCAUCCCCCAAAACAUUCUACUGGCCAAGAAAUCGGCGGCUGGACAAGGAGUGCGGGAACACUAUCGCGAUGGCUCCCUCGAAUUGGCCGAUUUAUCCAAUUCUAUGCAGCAAGGAACAGAAUCCGGAAAUAUGUAUGAAUUGAAGAGCCUCCAUCAAGAUGCCUCUGUUGACGGACGUCGCGGUGUAUUCACGGACAUGAAGCUUCCCGGGCGUUCUUCGAAUACAGUGCGAAGCCAAAACAUGUCAUUAACAGACCAAGACAUAUCACUCCAAUUACAAAAGAUAGCAAACAGCGCAUCUGCAAUUUCAAUUGACGCUGCUCGAUCAGUUCGACUGAUUGUUGUGAAUCUAACGGAGCAUGCGUUACGCCUGGUUUGCUCUUCCCUUGACUCUGGUGCAUGGGUGCAAGAGCCAACAUCCACAAUUGAGAAGAGAUCAGUAUCUCUCUUUGAGGCAGAUGGGACAGCGGAUCGUGCGAAGGAUAUCUCUGGAAGGAUAGUGAUGCAAGUUGGUACCGAUGGAGGGAAAUCGGGGAAGAUGUUCAUUAUUCGCUUUUUGAAUCCUCUGCUGGCCUCCAAUGCAUAUGCUGUUGAAGCUCCAGCAGGGUUUGUGGCUCGCUUUCAGGGUGGUGAGAAAGGAAAUCAUGUGGAAACUGUGAUAACUCUAGCCAGUGAGUCUAACUUACAAGGUAUUGCAGUGAGUAAGAAGCAAGAAUCAAUCUCAAGAAAGGCGCCGGCCGAGCCUUUGCUUUUCGGAAGGAGCCAAGUGAGUCCAUUCUUGCUACCAUUGAACUCGAAACCGCCUCACGCCCCACAAAAUCCAUCUGCAGAUCCGAGAGACCCUGAACUCAUCGCGAAGCUUUCUUCACUAGGAUUUUCAUCGGAAGAGUCAAUGUCGGCUCUUGAAGAAUGUGAUGCAGAUCUUGCUGCAGCCUAUGCACUACUUCUCGACCGAAAACCAAAAGAAUAGUCCACGAAACUGUAUUGUACUAUGACUAAUAACUAACUUUCCAAAGAUAUUGCUAUUACUUUGUAGUAGCGUUAGUAGAGCUGUGUGUUUAAGAGCAGUGUCUAUUGCUCGUGUAGGACAAGCGGAGCAUGAUUACACAAUAAAUAAUUGUUCAAUUU